UACAGUUACGCCUGGAUGAUCUGACACGUCUUAGAAAUGAAUUCGUUUACUACUAUUUAUAAAACUCUUAAUUACUCAAAGUAUUCAUAUUUCAGAAGGUUGAAUUUAAUGCAGGUUUGUAAAAGUAGAGUGACGAGACACCGAGGUCUUGUAACAUAUUCCACCGAUGUCAAAGAAGAGAAUGAAGAGAUGCAUACAGAUUCAGAAGACAGUCACCACCCAGGUUAUGACUAUUUAUAUUCAGGCCAUAUUCCCACUACAAGGUUUCAGAAAACUCUGUUAGCUAUUGGUUCAGGGAUUACAGCUAUAGUAGAUCCAGCAAGAGAUGACAUGGUGAGCGCAUUUGGAGAAACAACAGGAUAUUUUGCAUUACAACGAUUAAGAGAGAAAAUGUUACAGGAUCCGGUUGGUCGACAAAUUUUAGAAGAACGGCCAAUAUUAAAUUCAUCAACUUUAGAUAUAGAAUAUCUUGGAAGUUUACCAGAGAACACAUUUGGAAAACACUACUGGAAUUUUCUAAACAAAAAUGGUUUCUCACCGGAUGCCAGGCUUCCGGUCCAGUUUGUAGAUGAUGAAGAUCUUCAGUAUGUUAUGUUACGUUAUCGACAGAUUCACGAUUUAUUCCACACAGUUCUUGGAAUGCCGCCACACAUGCUCGGAGAAGUUAUUGUAAAAAUGGUAGAAACCUUUCAAACUGGGUUACCAAUGUGUGCUUUAGCGGCCAUGUUUGGACCAGUUAGAUUAGGACCUGUUCAUAGACAGAAAUAUUUUACUACCUAUCUGCCAUGGGCUAUAAAAUGUGGUUCGAGUGCCAAAUUUUUAAUGGCUGUGUAUUACGAGAAACAUUGGGAACAAGACUUACAAGAGUUUCGUCGUGAAUUAAACAUCAUUGAACCUCCGCCAGGCAUUGGUAGGAAAAAGAAAAAUACAGAAAAUUCAUCUUGAUGACAAUCAUAAUUGCAUUUGUCAUCUUUAAAAGAAGAAUUAUUUAGGAAUGGCUGAUUGUAUGGGUUGACUCCAUGGAACAAAGGUUACGACAAAUAUUUGAAAUUAAAAUUUAUAAGCAAAAAUAGGCAUAUCAGUCAUGUUUGGUGUGAUAAACAAUAGCAAACAUCCUUGUGUCUAUUGAAAUUUGAUUUUCAAGAAUGUUCUAAGCAGAGGCGGAUCAAGGCUCUGAUGGGCCCUAGACAGCUCACGAGAUAUCAUAUCACUUGAAAAUACAGAAAAACUGUUCGGUAAGAUUCAAAUUUCAGUAAUCCACUCAACACUAUUUGUAACAUAAUUACUGAUUUCCAUGCAAACUGUGAUAUGUGUUGAAAAUUUUGCAAUUGAACCUAAUUUUACUUGCUCAAAGCCUAUAAUAGUGUAUCAAUUGUAGUCGUGAAUAAGAAUUAUCAUGGCUACAAAUAUUGCAGCUAUAUGUUCCUCUGCCUAGAAGUGUCAAUCGGCCUGAAUAAUCCCCUGCCUGUGUUUUGUUAUUGAUUGUUGAUCCAGUCACAAGAAUAAAACAUGUUUUACCAAGAA